CAAACUAUCAGGUGAAACAGUGCGGCUCUUGAACGCAACCCCAAUGCUCUCGAACUUUUGACCAAAUACCAGGUCAUUUGUCAUUGAGUGUCUCUUCCUUCCUCACUUAGAAGCGGAAAAUAUGGCCGGACCUCCUGUUGUCAUAUGGGAGCAUGAAGUUGAGCGCUUGCUGCAUUACAGACAGCUGAUCCCGCGUCUUGAGGACGCUUUGGGCAAAUUCUCCAAACGAGACAGCGCAGAGGUGAUCCAGCCUGUGCGCACCACGGUACCCCUGCAGAAACACAACGGUUUCCUGGGCGUGAUGCCUACAUACAUGGAGAAUGAUGGAGUCCUGUGCUCAAAGUUUGUGUGUUUCUACAAGAGGGAAGAUGGUUCAACUUUGCCAGCCACUCAAGCCACUGUGGUGCUGCUGGACCCAGAGUAUGGGAAUGUCAAGGCUGUCAUGGAUGGAGACGUCAUCACAGCCAUGAGGACAGCUGCAGUGUCAGCCAUCUCUGCUAAGCUGCUGAUGCAUCCUGGAGCAGAAGUGCUGGCCAUCCUGGGUACAGGAAAACAGGCCCUGAGUCAUUACAAUGUGUUCACUGAAAUGUUUUCAUUUAAAGAGGUGCGUGUGUGGAGCCACAGAAAACAGAGUGCAGAGAGGUUUUGCCAGUCUGUCAGUGGCCCUGUGACGGUAUGUGGCUCAGUGGAGGAGGCGGUGAGGGGAGCAGACGCCAUAGUGACAGUAACCAGAUGUACGGAGCCUGUGCUCUUUGGUCAGUGGGUCAAACCAGGAGCCCAUGUGGCUGCUGUGGGAGCCUGCAGGCCAAACUGGAGAGAGCUGGACGACGUGCUGAUGAAGCAGGCGGUGGUGUACGCUGACAGCAGGGAGGGAGCAAUGGCCGAGUCGGGUGACGUCGUCCUCUCUGGGGCGGAGGUGUUUGCAGAGCUUGGAGACGUUAUUAAUGGGACAAAAGCUGCACACAGAGAGAAGACGACUGUGUUUAAAUCCCUCGGAAUGGGAGUUGAAGAUGCAGUGUCUGCUAAGCUGGUUUUUGACCAGUGGGAAGCCAACGCCAGCAAACCAUCAAGUGGCCAUUGAUUUGAAUCCUGACCUCUCUGUUUGACCUUUGUGCUUCACAAGCUGGAUCAUAAACGCUCACAUCAACAUAACAUGCUCACGAUGACAGUGCCUUAUAUGAUGUUUUACAAGUCAUAAUACAUUUACAAUCUUAGUUUAGUGUGUUAUCAUGCUAACAUUUGCUAAGUAUCACAAAACACAAGUACAAAGUACGAAGAAUAGAUGUCUUUAGUUUUGAUAGUAUUUGGCCAUAAACUGAGGUAUUGGACAAUCCUUGACCUGGUGGUGGCUAAAGGAAAAUCUGGGGAUUACCAAAUUAGGACUCAUCCUCUGGGAACCAUGAAUAUCUAGACCAAAUUUAAUGGCAAUCCAUCCAACAGUUGUUAGCAUAUUUAUUUUAGUCUGGACCAAAGUGAUGGGCUGACUAAGCGACGUUGCUGUCAAUGUAGCCAACGUGGCUAAAAAUGCCAAACAUUUGCUGGUUCCGGCUUCUUGAGCAUGAGAAUAUGCUCCUUUCUCUUUUUUAAAAAAAUCAUUGUAAAUCAAUUAUCUUUGCAUUUUAGACUGUUGGUCAGACAAAACAAUAAUUUGAGGGAAUCUCAAUGAGCUAAUGGGAAACUGUGAUGGGCAUUUUUACUGAACGAAAAUUCUGUCUUAUAUUCUUUACCUGAAUUGUUAUGUGUUUGGACUAUUGACUGUAAACAGAAGACAUAAAAUACAAAAGAGCAUUUUCAAAGAA